AGUAAGCAGACUGCUCGCACCGGCUUCAGCGGAGCGUCCACCCCCCCCUCCCACCGUGCGAGCCGGUAAACACCUGCACAGGUAUCAGAAGUCACCGGGGCUGCAGCAGCACCAGCAGCGGCGACCAUGGCUGGAGGAGUGGAGCUCGGCUCGGUGUCCACGGGCUUCCGGAGCAUUUUCUUCAUGCUCACGCCCAAUGAAUCAUCCUUUGAGAAGGUGGAGGAUGUGCCUCAGUAUGUGGAGCAGGCCACUCCUUUCUUUAUAGUACUGAUGGUGUUGGAGCUGGUGGUGGGCGUGCUGAAGACGGGGGCCCCGGUGGUCACCAUCAGCGAUGGACUCACCUCCGUAUCUGCUGGAAUGAUCUCCAGACUCCCGACGCUGCUGAUGAGAAGCUGCGAGCUGUCUGCGUACCUGUAUGUGUGGAACCACUACCACCUGGUGGAGCUGCCCUGGGACUCUGCAUGGACCUGGUGGCUCACCUUCCUGGGGGUGGACUUCUGCUACUACUGGCUCCAUCGCUUCGCUCACGAGGUGGCCAUCCUUUGGGCUGCUCACCAGGUUCACCACAGCUCUGAGUACUACAACCUCUCCACUGCUCUCAGACAGUCCCUCACCCAGCAGCUCACCUCAUGGCUUUUCUACAUGCCCUUGGCUCUGGUUCUGCCUCCGUCUGUCUUCGCCGUUCACAUACAGCUGAACCUGCUCUACCAGUUCUGGAUCCACACGGAGUUGAUCAGAGACCUUGGACCUCUGGAGUGGAUCUUUAACACCCCAAAACACCACAGAGUCCAUCACGGGAGAAACCUGUACUGCAUUGACAAGAACUACGGUGGAAUCCUGAUCAUUUGGGACAGAUUGUUCGGUACCUUCGCCUCCGAGACAGACAAAGUGAUCUACGGCCUGGUCUUCCCCAUCAGGACGUUUGAGAUCCUCUACGUUCAGUUGCACUACUAUUUAUAUUUGUGGAAGAAGUCCAAAACUUACAAAACAAUCAUCCACAAAUUGGCAACUUUCUCGAACGGCCCGAGCUGGAGACCCGGUAAACCCCGGCUGGGCGACCACGUCAACAAUCCCAAGGUUACCGGAAAGGAAGUGCCUCACGAUCCCAGUUGGUCGAUGCCUUUGCAAGUUUAUGUGGUCGUACAUUUCCUGCUGGUGCUGGGGACUUACCACGAACUGAUUGAGAACAAGACGAUGCUGUCCCAGUUAACCUUACUGGGCAUGACCUGCUACGUUCUGCUCACUCUCACCUCCCUGGGCUUCAUCAUCGACCAGAGGCCGAGGGCGGCUGUCCUGGAGAUGCUUCGCUGCGUCGUCAUGGUGACACUGCACAGAUACAGCUGCAUAAAGCCCUUCCUGCCGUUGCUGGCUGUGCCCACAGAGGCCUUUGUCUCCCUCUCUCUGCUGUACUGGGCUCUGCAGAGCUGCUCUCAGCUGCUCAGCAUCAAGAAGAAGGCGGCCUGAGCCGAGCCGGGCCGAGUCGGGCCGAGCCGACACUGAGCGACGGGCGGAAACCUCUGGAGUCGUUGUCGUCGUUGUUGUUGUUGGAGUAAUUCCACAGUAACAUGUUUUUAAUCACUUUAAACUCUGUGCACAACUUUAUCUAUAUGCAGCUCCCAUGAACCUCUGGGUGCUUCUGCUCGAUUCACGUUUAACCUGUUUGUGUAUAACUAACUUUUUAAAACCUGUUUAUAACGAAAGCUUUGUCUCGUAAAUUAGCCACUAACCCAGACAAGGCACGGUGCUCACACGUUUUUUUAUCACAUGAGAUUUAUUCUGAUAAAUGUUUCUCUUAUCUAAGCGUUUUAAAUGAUGAUGCUACAGGCUAAAGUUUGUUUAUCAUUCACAUGAACCUCUAUGCAGCUAUAUACCUCCCACUAAACAAGUGCUGUUAAUUUCACUUCUGAAUUGCAAUCUUGCACAACAAGUCCACUGUUUUCCAUUCCUGGUUGCAAUAAAACGUUGUGAUUUUGCUUCA